CGUCAACUCAAAUGUUGUUUCAAAACAUUGUUUUCAUUUGAUUUACAGUUUGUUUGAAACAAUCAAUCGUUUUAUGCUUUUAGACGCCAAUGGAUUGGAGUUGAGAUCACACGCAAAGAGUGGCAAAACAAUUGAUACAAUAGAUUGAGAAUCGAUGGCUCGAAACACUUCUUCCUCCAUAUCUUCGAUGAUGGCUAACAUCAACACCAAUAAGAAGACAUUCAAGUCAUACGUGGAUUUGGGCAUCAAUUCAGACAAAGAGAGUGCCGUCAAUACGGAUGACAUGUGGACCACUUUGGAUGAGAACGGAGUGACUACUGAUUUGGGCAAAACUCGCCGCAACUCAUGGCUAUCGUUGGAUAUGAGAGACCGAAGAGCUGUCACCCGAAGCGCGUCAUCGAUGGGAUCAAUAAUGAGUGAUACCGUCGAAGGCGUCAAUUACUUCUACACUCAUACCAAACACAAGACGGGAAUUUGCGGACAAUUGACACUCAAUGGCAGCGGAUUAAUGUUCUUAAGCUAUACUCCACAACACAUGGACGACAAGACGGACCAAACCAUUCAUUCGUUGUCACAAUUCAUACCAUUUAAUAGCGAGAAGUCAUCCAAAUUUGAGAUCGAUUUGUUGGCAAUCGAUCAGAUGAAGGACUCGAUCGACAGUAACUUUGUUUCGAUGACAAUCUUUUGCUGUAAUUUCCGUCGGAUUCGCUUCCAGAUGAAGAAUUGCGAGCAAACGAAACGAUUGGUCGACAAAUUGAGUCGACUAUCAGUGAAUAGUAUUCUUAAAAAGCCAUCAAAACUUACGAAAUCGUUAAAAGAUAAUUACAGUUAUCUUUUAAACGCCGAUUGGGAUCAGUUAGAGAGCCAUUGGAAGGACUGCUAUAAACUAAGACUAUCGCAAAUCAAUGAGAACUACCAGUUGUGCGAUAGUCUUCCGCCCACUUUCGUUGUGCCCAAAGUGAUCACUGAUCACAUGUUGACAGCACUUGUCUCCACUCAAACCAGAGGACAGAGAGUUCCCAUUGUUUCAUACCUUUAUCCACAAAACGGCAAUUUAUUGAUCAGAAGUUCUGCUUUUGAUAAUUACGAAGACCUCAACUCUUUGUUGAAAGAUAUGGUCAAACCUUUGCGACAAAUUAAUGUGGAAUCACUUUUGCCGACACUUCUGGUUGUGGAACAAAGUUAUGACAAAUUAAAAGAAGUUUGUUUUCAAAGUAAUUUGAAUGAAGAGACGAGCGGUUGUAUCAACAAAAUUGGGAAAUGGAUUACUUGUGUCAACACAACACUCAAAGUGGUCGCACAAAUCGUUAAUAUCAUGACAACUGAAUCGUCAGUUGGAUUAGUCGAAGACAUGGACAGAGAUUGGAAUUGUGUCAUCUCUUCGUUGGUGCAGAUAAUGGUUGAUCCGAGAAGAAGAACAUUCAGUGGCUUUGAAUCGCUGAUAAGUAAAGAAUGGCUUUACUUAACGGGUUUGGCGUAUCGGAAGAAUAGCCCCCGAAAUGUGAAUCAUAUAUUGUUGACACUAUUUCUCGAUUGUGUUUCACAACUCAUAAUUCAAAACCCGUAUGACUUCGAGUUCUCCACUUUCUAUCUCAUGUAUCUCUUUGACUGUCAAUACAUACAGCCGUCGACACCAUUCGUUCCUAACUUCAGAAACGCUUCCAAAACAAGUUCAUCAGACAUUGAGUUCAAGUGUCCGCCCAUUAGAGAGGGUUUACCUCUCAAUCAUAUGAUGAUCAUUAAGAGUCCGAUAUAUAAGAGACGCAAAACAAUAGUAUUGAAAUUGAAUGCACACAUCAGUAAAACCGAGUUCUGGUCAGCGCUUUACCUGCGCUGGCAAUCAAAGCCUAAUUUAGAGCAUUUGUCUGCCUUUGAAAUCAUUUAUUUAAAUGAAUUACAAUCGAGAAAUCAAUUAUGA